AUGACGACUAGUGUUAACCUAAGGCAGACUUUGUUAUGCAUUGGAAUCGUGGUUCAAGCUUUGGCUGCUCGACAGAACGAAGUAGUGAACUUCGUAACUCAGCUUGCAUUGGACCUGCAGAAGCAGCAGUUUGUUGGUGUGUUUAAUUGCUGGAUACUGCAUUUCGCCGAUGACUCAACUUAUUCCACGAUACAAAGUGAAUUAGCUUACCGCCUAAGCGCAAACUAUAUUAGCCUGAUGCAAGUCAAACAUCGAGGCGAAUACAAGACGGCUAUACAGGACCCCAGCUUGGCUGUUAUUAUAUUGGGAAACAACACAAUUGAUAACAACGAUAGCAACUUUCUCUAUUGGCUAGCACGCACACCCUUUGAAUCCACUACCAUUGUGCUAUAUGAGCAUGAUGCUACCAAGAUGCAGCUUUUGAGAAUCGGAAACUAUCUGGCAAUGAUGAAGUUGUGGAAUGUUAUACUGAUUCCCAUCAAUAUCGAUGCAGUGUACACUUUUCAUUAUGGACCUUUGCGCGUCUUAAGCCACACAGGAUAUCCGGAAUCUAAGGAGCUUUUCUACGAUCGUCUUGCAACCCUACAAACCAGAUAUGUACGAACAGCACUUACACAGAAAAUUUAUACUAGAACAUUAUGCAAUACAAUACCUGGUGAGGAUUUGGCAUUGUUCAAGUUGUUUGCAGAUACGAUCAACAUGCAGCUUAUUGUGGAGGAAUUCAACUGUGGUCGAAACGAGACUCUGUUGAAGUGUUGCUCAAGAUACCCUAAUGUGGACUUUCUAAUUAAUCGAUUUUUCUAUGAAGAGUAUAACAAAUACAGUGUUAGCUGCAUGAUGAUGGAACAAAUUGCUAUAGCUACACCUAAGGGACGGUUUCUCACGAUCUGGGAGAUUCUGGUACAGCCAUUUCAGCAGUCCGUUUGGUGGAUAAUGUUAGCUAUCUGCUUAGGGUUCGAAGUCUUGGAGAUCGUCAUACCCACGAUGUUUAGUAACAGUCUCGUCAGUCUCGCGCUGUUCGGAUUCGAGAAGUUUCAGCUACGUUUCACAAAACCUACCGAGAAGGUAACAGCCAGUGCAUUAAUUAUGUUGUUUUUCCUAAUGACAUGUGCGUACGAAGCGAAACUCAUUUCAUACAUAACAGAAACUCCGCGAGAACCGGGAGCUUCAUCCAUUCGCGAGCUGCACGAUCGCAACAUUACCGUCCAUCACAAAAACUUCAACAUUACGCACUUGAAGAAAUUGGAAGGAUUGCUAGCGAACUCAGAAAAAAAUUUCGUUGUAUUUGAUGGAUUAACUAUCGUAGAUAACCGAAUCACCUUGAGCAUCGAAAUGAUCCAUAACGAAAUAGAUGGAGUAAACAAUAUUCCUUACAAGAUACUUGACGAGACUGUGUUUGAAAUAAUGGCAUUUUUUACUUUCCAACCUAAGUCACCGGCUCAAAAGCCAUUCGUCAAAUACCAACAAAGGGUGUUUGAAGUUGGUUUACCCUUGCAUUGGCGUAAGGAGAUGCUGCGCUGUUAUCGUCAUCAUGCAACCUUAAUAAGAUUAAAAGCGCAUCGAAAGCUAACGGAACACUUAAUACAAAUAGACAAAUUAAAGCCUUUACUAACGUUUUUCGGCAUUCAGUGGGCAAUUGAAGUGGGAUUUUUUAUUGUGGAAGUUAUCGUGGGAAGAUAUUUUACAAUUAAUCGUAAGCAAACAUUAUGUCAAUGA